CUCGAAGCGACACCACGCCGGUCUAGCUCGCGAAGUUGUGAAAUUAUUGUGACAUAACCCAUUCAAGGUUCAACAAGUGGUUUAGUGAACCCAGCGCUUGGAUUGCACCAUUUUUAGUGAAAUUGUAGUGCUCCCAGUGAAAAUUCCCACGCACUCCAGGAAAGUGCCAGAAAUUAGUGAUAUUUACGAACUGAAAAGCAUCAAGUUAUCCAAUAUGUACAAGGAUUCAGUGGUUCCAGUGAAGAUGGAGAGCUUCAGCGGAGUGGCCGCGAAAAGCCCAAUGGGCCAAUGCAUCAAGACGGUGCUCCGACGGGCGUGUGCGGAGAAGCGCCUGACGGUGGGCCUGCUGCCUGCCAUCCAGUACCUGUCCAGCAACAGCACGGGCGCGCUGUUCUGUUUCACCACCGAGGCGCCCCCUGGCGACAGCGCCACGCACAUGCAGGAGGUGCUGCUGCAGGCCUUCUGCGAUGAGAACGACAUCUAUGUCAUUAAGGUUGACUCAGAAGCCAAAAUGCGGAUGAUCCUCGGAUUCCCCGCCUUGGAUUAUAGCUGCGUGUUGGUCCACUCACCAUACACAGACCCCUUCAGCGACAGCCAGGAAAUAGACCCCUCAGUCCUCACAGACAGCGAGAAACACUUAAUUGACCACUGCGAGAGGAACUGGGGAUGCUCCCAGGUGCCAGUCAUUAAGCUACCCGAGAAGUGAACCCGAUAAAAGAAAAAUCUACGAAAAAAAAGAUGCCUUUAUUGGAUUAUUUGCAACUUGGUUGCACUGCCGCGCCGGUCGGCCAUAUUUAAUUUGGCUUUGGCGUUUAACGCCAUCUAGUGUUCGGUAGCUGCGCUAAGUCUUGUCCGCUUGGGCGAAAAUUCUGAUGUUCACUUGUUGUGGAUGAAAAGAUUUUUUGGAAUUUUGAAAUGUUUCUAAAAUCACUUCAAUUUGAACAUUUCUUGUAUUGUUAGUUGAUCGCCAUUUCGGCUUGUUUGUUUGUAAAAUUAACACGUUAUUGACUUCAUAAGAAAUGUUGUAUUCAAGUAUUGUAACGAUAACAUAAAAAAUAGAGAUAAUUAACUGCUAAGACGUUUUCUACUUUUGUAAUUAUAUGAACAGUAUUAUAAUUAUUAAAAACAGAGUUGAAUAAAAACAGUUACAU